GUGGCUUCAGAUAAUCCUUCAGUCCUAUUCGACUGUCCUUUGGUGGUGGGGAUGGUGAUGGUGUUGGUGGCGGCCGAGUUAGUGGUUGAGGCGACAGGAGUUGGAGGUGAUGGUGGUGGAGUGGUGGAGAGGAAGAAUCGGGUGAAAUGUAGUUUAAGAGAUAAGUUAUGACAUUAAUUAAAAAUAAUAAAUUUACGUUUUUAAAUAAAGUAUUGUGUAAGCAUUGGUCCUUGUGGCCUAAGGAUUUUAAAUUGGGUUGAAAGAUGUAUUCUCAUUCCUUAGCUUGCUAUUCGAAUUCCUGUCUCCAAAUGUAAACUUAUUUAAAAAACAAUAAUAAUAAAAAAUUUUGUAUAAA